AAGAUUCGGCUCUCCCCGACGGGAGUCGGCUCUUCUCGUUCGCUACAAAGAAUUGGCUCUUAGAGCCGGCUCGUUCGCGAACGACACAUCACUAUAAGUUUCGUUUUCACUAAGGGCAAGCAGUUGAGUGUUGACUCAGUGAUCGCUGUUAACUUGGACGUGUCACAAUGGCGGAAAAUAUGUCUCUACUGGGUCUUGAGGACGAGUUGACAUGCAGUAUCUGUUUAUGUCUAUUCGAGAACCCGGUGAGUUUAAUCUGUGGACACAGUUUCUGCGCCAACUGUCUCGAAGCGACAUGGAACGACAGGAUAUCAUCUCUGUCCUGCCCUCAUUGCCGAAUGGUGUUCCCCAGUAAACCUGAACUAAAGAAGAACACCGUCCUCAACGCGGUGCUGGACGCCUAUAGAAUAAAAGCGGGUGUCUCUGAACCAGUCAAGGAACAUUUUGAGGUGAAAAAGAAAGAUCCAGAUGCGAUCAAAUGUGAUAACUGCAUGGAAGCCAAAGCCGUCAAAACUUGUCUGACAUGUAUGGCGUCUUAUUGUGAGGAUCAUGUCAGGCCUCACCGGGAGAAUGCCAUUUUCCGGGCGCAUCAACUGACUGAUCCGCUGCCAGAUCUGAUGGAGCGUCUCUGUUCAAAUCAUGGCAAAUUGAUGGAGUUCUACUGCAAUCAGCACCAGAGAUGCAUUUGCAGUACCUGUCUGCAGGACAUGCAUAAAGGCUGUGAUUUUAUCACGGCAGAUGAGCGACGCUUCAAACAAAAGACCGACCUGACUGACAAGCUCAACAUCCUUGAGGUCAAAACUGACAAAAAUCAGCAGGUUAUCACACAGAUGAAGGAGCAACAAAUCAAAUUAAAGGACCUAGCUGCAACCCGCAAACGUGUUCUUGAGUCUGAAUACAGGCAGCUUAGAGAAAUGAUUGACCGAGAUGAGAAAGAAGCCAUGCUUGCUAUCGAUAAGGAACAGGAGAAAGGUCAGAGCAAACUGGUCUCCUUGAUAAAGAAAUUUAAUGAGAACAUCGAGAAGAUGAGUAGGACCAAAUCUGAGAUCAACAUUCUGCUGGACCAGUCGCAGUCACUAGAAUUCUUAAAGGCCUCUGUGGAUUUGCCCUCUGUGGUAAAUGUUGAGCCCUAUAACCCUCGUAUGAAUGUGGAAAGUAAAGAGGUGAUAGCUUAUCAUUCCUCUGCAGUUGCACUGAAGGAGUGGGUCACCAAAUUAAUGGAGCAGCCAUUAGAAAACAGAAUCUCUGUACUUAAACCAGAGUUUGAGAAAUCUGUUCUUGGCGCAGGUCUAGGAAACCAAUUCCCAGGAAUCCCAAGUGAGAUUCCUGCCCUCCUGCCAAAUCCAAGAGACAUGUGUCUAGGAAACCAAUUCCCAGGAAUCCCAAGUGAGAUUCCUGCCCUCCUGCCAAAUCCAAGAGACAUGUGUCUAGGAAACCAAUUCCCAGGAAUCCCAAGUGAGAUUCCUGCCCUCCUGCCAAAUCCAAGAGACAUGUGGAUGCAAAAAGCACCGAUCGCGUGGUAUGACCCUUCAGCACAUUUGAGCUGUGGUCCCAAAGCCAAGGCUUCAGGAACUAAACAGAAAAAUUCCAGCAAGACUGCUAAAGAUCAGAAGGAUCACAAAGAGCGCAAAGACCAGAAGCCAAACAGAUCUAGGAAUCCUUCUAAAGGAGCAAAUCCUGUUUUCUCCAAAAGCAUGGAAAACUUGCUUGACAUCACAGUUAAAACUGUAGACAUACCUGACAUAAAUCCACCUGCUAUUUCACCAGCUGUGCUAAACUUUGUUAAACGAAGUGACCUUCUUAAAUAUGGCACUAUCCUCAAUUUUGACGUCAGAACAGCUCACAAGCGGAUCUCGCUGUCUGAAAACAACACCAAAGCGACAGUCUCGGACGACCCAGCUCAUUAUACAGAUAUUCCCCUUCGCUUUUCUGUCUGUUCCCAGGUGCUCUGCACAAAGGGUUUCUCUCAGGGCCGUCAUUAUUGGGAGAUCAAAAUGAGCAGUAACAACUUCUGCGGAUUGGGACUUGCAUACGGACGAAUUGACCGCAAGGGUCCCUCUAGCCGUCUGGGGCGUAAUGCAGACUCCUGGUGUGUGGAGUGGUUUAACGUGAAGCUUUCUGCAUGGCACAACAGCAUCGAGACGGUGCUGCAGAAUCCCAACCCAAGCCGCGUGGGCAUCUUGCUGGACUGUGAUCAGAGAAGUGCAACAUUCUAUACUGUGCAGGACCGGGCCUACCCUUUCCACACAUUUGUCUUUCCUUUCACUGAGGCUGUGUAUCCCGCUUUCUGGAUCUUCUCAAAUGGCUCUUCUGUCUCUUUGUGCAAGCUCAGCAAUUGAAAGUAUCUAAAUUGAACUGAUACUCAUUUUAAUGAAUUGAAGUUUUGUUUAUCUUUGGAAGAAAAAUGUAGAUAUUUUUUAUAUACUGUCAUCUGUGUCCAUUCAGUGAGUCCACACAACCAGAAUGUUCAAGCUUCAUGAAAUCUUUGAAGGAUUUUCAAUAGAUGGGCAAAAAUAAUUACGGUAAAUUAAAAAUAUCUUCAUUUUUGUUCCAAAGAUGAUUAAGUCUUUUGAAACGGGUUUGAAAUGACAGGAGCAUGAGUAACAGAUGACAGAAUAUUAAUUUAUGGGGUUUAAUCAAGCCAGGUUUGAUGCAAAUAAACUUUUUAAUUCUAAUUUAGGUGUGUUGUGACUGUACAGAAUGCAUAAAGCCGUCUUAAAGCAGUUUUAAUCUAUAAAUGUCUGGGUAAUGUCUUUACAUGUUGACCAAAAAAAAAAAAAAGAUUGAUGGAUGAUAUCUAAAGGCUAAUGCAGUCCAACUGUCACUAAAUAAACCUCAAUAAACUAUUAUAACUAUUAUAUGGCUACGUACCAAAUAAAAGUAAAUUAAUUAUUGAUUUAGUCUGAAAUUACUUUCAAGAACAAGACUGCAGAAGUGAUGCAAGAGACACUAGCUCAGCUAUGCUGAAAAUACUUAAAUUGAAAACAGCACAAGACAACACUCAAUCGAAUCGUUUAGUGGUCAUUAUUCAAAAAUGUUUGACUUAAUUGCUAUGAUUGACGUCAUUGAUCCAGAAAAGGGAAAUUUCAAUGUACAUAUGUGGUUUGCAAAUGUUGACACAUUAUUCUUAAUUAAUCUUACUUUGUUCUGUGAAUUGUGUUAUUUUGGCUGAUUUUACUUGCGAGUUGUUUGAAGUGUUUAACUUCAUCACAUGAUCACACUUGACAUUUGUUGGUUUGAUCACAUGGGCAAAGUCCACUGGCAGUGUGCUCCAGAUAGAGUUGUAUUGGUUCUUGAUCAAAGUAUCCUCGCCGGGUCCAGUCAGUUUUUAAUUUAAGCAUGUGCAAUUCUGUCAAACCAACAAGUGUUAAAUGUGUGUUAAAAAUGUUAAUAGUGAAAAGAAAAGUUUAGUAGUAAGGCAUUUAUUGUUUGCUUUAUGCAAUAUUACAAUUUUGGUUGAUACAUCAUAUAGAGUGAUUAUUUAAAAAAUGUAAAUGAAAAUAUUGUACAUUGUUGGGGAGAAAAAUAUACAUAAAGUAAAAUAUCAGAAUGAUACCAAUAAAAGCAUUACAUGACCAAGUCUCGUAUAA